GAGGGGCCCAGGUAGCAGAGAAAAUUGAAGCCAGUAAACACGGAAGUACAGAAACAGAAGAGAAAAGUUCAAACUAAACUCUCAGCGAGCUGUUUUCAUCGGCACGAGUCGAAAGAACAAUUUCACCAUGGGUCUGUGUGAUGACCUGUCUCACUGUAAGAUGGCGUUGGUGAUUGCUGUGCUGAUGGAUCUACUGGGAGGAGUCUCUCUGCUGGUGGGAGUCUUUACCUCUUUGAAGUUAAAUGGAGAAGAAUAUGGAGACGUCUUGGUUUAUAGCGGAGUCCUUUUCAUAGUUGCGUCUCUGGCUGGAUGGGUGCUGUGGUACAGUGGGAACAUCGAGGGACUGCCCACCAAGACGGAGCUUGGACAGCCCAACUCCGCUGUCGACCGACUCGCUCGCCGAGUCAGCCGGAAGAUCUUCUCCCAUCGUAGAAAAAAAUAUUAUUCAAGUCGUGUCUGACAGUAUUUUCAGAAAAGUUACUGAAGUGUUAGAUAUGUUAGAUAUACUUUCAUCAUUUCAGCCUAUGUAUAUCUUCACCUGCAAAGUAUUUUCUAAAUGUUUAAUAUUAACCAGUAUUUGCAUUUUCUAGCUAUCAUUCAAUAAAGUGGUAUUUUAGUGUUAA